UGCGCAUGCUCGAAGCGCAGUGGAAGCCAUGUUGGAGCUACAUUGGAUUCGGGCUGGGAUUUUUUGACGCCGUAUGUUUUUCUUAAAAGAAAACCAGUUUUCGUACUUUUGUCGGGGUUCGUCAGCCGCGCGCGAUUGUAAACGAUGAACUCCAGUGUCGACCUGUCCAGGCGGAAUCCGCAGGAGGAUUUUGAGCUGAUCCAGCGGAUAGGAAGCGGCACAUACGGAGAUGUAUACAAGGCUCGUAACGUAAACACAGGGGAGCUGGCUGCUAUCAAAGUCAUCAAACUGGAACCGGGGGAGGACUUUGCUGUCGUCCAGCAGGAGAUCUUAAUGAUGAAGGAUUGUAAACACUCUAACAUCGUUGCCUAUUUUGGCAGCUAUCUCCGAAGGGAUAAAUUAUGGAUCAGCAUGGAGUAUUGUGGAGGUGGUUCUCUGCAGGAUAUAUAUCAUGUAACCGGGCCUCUGUCAGAGUCGCAGAUAGCCUACAUGUCGCGGGAAACCCUGCAGGGUUUAUACUACCUACACAGUAAAGGCAAAAUGCACAGAGAUAUUAAGGGAGCCAACAUCCUCCUGACAGACAACGGCUACGUUAAACUUGCUGAUUUUGGCGUGUCGGCCCAGAUCACAGCCACUCUUGCCAAGAGAAAGUCAUUCAUUGGAACGCCUUACUGGAUGGCUCCGGAGGUGGCAGCAGUGGAAAGGAAGGGGGGCUACAAUCAGCUGUGUGACAUCUGGGCAGUGGGCAUCACUGCAAUUGAGCUGGCAGAACUACAGCCGCCCAUGUUUGACCUGCACCCGAUGAGGGCUCUGUUCUUGAUGACCAAGAGUAACUUCCAGCCUCCGAAGUUGAAAGAUAAACUCAAGUGGACGAAUAACUUCCAUCAUUUUGUGAAACUAGCUCUUACCAAGAACCCAAAGAAGAGGCCUACGGCUGAGAAACUGCUGCAGCACCCGUUCGUCUCCCAGCCUCUCAGCAGGACGCUUGCGAUCGAGCUGCUGGACAAGUCCAACAACCCCGACCACAGCACGUACAACGACUUCGAUGACGAUGAGCCUGAGCCCGAGUCUCCGGUCUCGGUUCCUCAUCGGAUCCGCUCCACCAGCAGGAGCACGAGGGAAGGAAAGACCCUGUCCGAGAUAAACCUCGGACAAGUGAAGUUUGAUCCUCUUCUGAGAAAGGAGACAGAACCUCAUCACGAGCCGUGUGAUUCUGAGCCCUAUCUGGACUGUGUUGAGGAGCUCUACUAUACCGCGAGAUCUAAUCUGGACUUGCAGUUGGAGUAUGGCCAGGAUUCACCAAGUUUUCUGGGAGGAAACAAAAGCCUUCUGAAGUCCGUCGAGGAGGAACUCCAGCAGAGGGGCCAUGUUGCACACUUAGGGGAUGAUGAGGAUGAGGAUGAUGAUGGUGCAGAUGAUGAUGAAACUCACACUCACAAAUCAAGCACUAUCAAGAGGCCAAAGGAGCCACCCCCACUCCCUCCGAAGCCUAAGUCUCUCAGCUCCUCCCAGCACCAGCCUCAACACAAAAACGAUGAUGGCCAAUCGCACAAUGACGACGACGCCGGAGGGGGAACCAUCAAACGGUGCCUGGCCACAGAGACGCCGAGCCCCGCCAAGGCGUCCACCAGCGUCCCCCCGCGACCCCCGCCCCCGAAGCUGCCACCCCACCGCCGCAGCAGCCUAGGUAACGACAGCCCGCAGCGCAAAGACGUGGAAAGCACUGCCCCAGAGGAUGAUGAUGAUGGGAGCUUUAGGCAUUUCUGGGAGUGGCUCCACACGCCUCACACAGAGGAGGAGCUGGAGGAGGCGUGGGAGGUGCUGAAGGAGGUGAAAGAGGAGCAGGAAAAGGAAGAGAGUAAUGGACUGAACUCUCCCCAUAACGGUGAGAGGGAAAGUCCUGGAGAGAGGCAGUCCACCAUGCCCCCUAGCGUCCCCGUACGGAAAGACAAGAAGGAUGUUCCCAAGCCCAUCAGUAACGGUCUUCCUCCAACACCUAAAGUCCAUAUGGGCGCCUGUUUCUCCAAGGUGUUCAAUGGCUGUCCUCUGAAGAUCCACUGUGCCACGUCCUGGAUCAACCCCGACACUAGAGAUCAGUAUUUGAUAUUCGGAGCUGAGGAGGGAAUCUACACGUUAAACCUUAAUGAGCUUCAUGAGACGACGAUGGAGCAGCUCUUCCCUCGGAGGUGUACAUGGUUGUAUGUCAUGAACAGUUGUCUUCUUUCUAUAUCUGGAAAAGCCUCCCAGCUGUACUCCCACAGUCUGUCUGGACUCUUUGAACAGGCCAGACAGCUGCAGAAGCUACCAGUAGCCAUUCCCACACACAAACUCCCUGAUAAGAUUAUCCCAAGGAAGUUUGCCGUUUCCAAUAAGAUUCCAGACACUAAAGGAUGCCAAAAGUGUUGUGUGGUCCGGAACCCGUACACCGGCCAUAAAUACCUGUGUGGAGCCUUCCAGUCCAGUGUCAUGCUGCUGGAGUGGGUGGAGUCCAUGCAGAAGUUCAUGCUCAUCAAGAACAUCGAUUUCCCGUUGCCGUGUCCGUUGGAAGUCUUUGAGAUGCUGGUGGUCCCGGAGCACGUGUACCCUCUGAUCUGCGUAGCGGUCAGCAAAGGAACCGAACUCAACCAGGUGGUCCGGUUCGGCACCGUCAACCCCAAUGCUACCUCCUCCUGGUUCACAGAAGCAGACAUGCCGCAGACAUGUGUGAUCCACGUCACGCAGCUGGAGCGAGACACUAUUCUGGUCUGCCUAGACAGAUGUAUAAAGAUAGUGAACCUCCAGGGCCGGCUAAAAUCCAGCCGGAAGUUGUCCGCUGAACUCACCUUCAACUUCCAGAUCGAAGCUAUAGUUUGUCUUCAGGACAGUGUUCUGGCCUUCUGGAGACACGGCAUGCAAGGUCGAAGUUUCAAGACUAAUGAGAUCACGCAAGAGAUCUGUGACAACACACGCAUCUUCAGACUACUAGGAUCCGACAGACGAGCUGAUGGUAGAGACCCAGACUCUGAGGACAGAGGCCGCUCUCUGCCCAGGGUGGUGGUGUUGGAGAGCCGGCCGACGGACAACCCCACAGCCCACAGCAACCUCUACAUCCUGGCGGGCCACGAGAACAGCUACUGAGUCCCCACCCCCUGACCCUCGCACCGUCGCCGCAGCGCCGCCUAAACACCCGACCGCUACCGCAGACAAGGGAGCGAUGAAACGAGCCGGUAGUCGCUUUCAUCCCAGCACCGCAGCUUAACCCCCUCGCCCGCCUGCUUGGUAACGUGACCGGGAGACUAGGAGAAUUUGUGAAUGCAGAUGUUUGCACCCUUUUAAACUGCAUCCGUGUGUGUGUGUGUAUGUGAAAGGUGUUAGUAGAGGGAGGGACUUCUCUUGGAUUUGUUUAUGUCAAAGCAAAGAGUCUAAACACUCGGCGUGAAGACGCAGAUUCCCACCUUUCCCUGCAAGACUGCACAUGGAGUAUAGAAACAUCCAGAAAACACACCAAUGCUACACUAGUUCUUCUUGUAAUACUACUGCUGUUUGUGCCGAAGCUUCAUAGAAGGGCCAUUUUGCCCCAGAAAUUCACCUCUGACCCCCUUUUUUUCCUUUCCUCCUCCAUUUUUGUUUUUGUUUUAGCUGUCCUUUUAUUUAUUGUGGCAUGGCGUAACUUUACUAACAAGGACGGCUUUCUUCAUUUGUCGUAAAAUGUUUGUGUAAAAGGCCAAAAAACAAAAACAAAAAAAAGAGACCAGACUAAAAACUCUUUUUUUUUUUUGCCACUUUCGCUAACGAUAAAUCCCCAGUACCCGUCACUACACCACACAAGUGCUUAUUAAACCUUUAUUUAAUUCUUUGUAAAUACUUUUUUUUAAUGGCAAAGUCGAAACACUAAAAGAAAAAGUCUGGUUGUGUAUAUAUGUGUGUCAAUAGCUGCUCUGUCGAACCUUGGAGACACAAAUAAGAGUCACAAAAUCUCAAAUUUCUUGUUUUGUUUUUUUUUUUAUGUUUGUUUUGUUUUCAACGUGUGGCGAGGUUCGGUUCUCUUCAGGUGGACGGCUUCAGUAAUCGGACAUUUCCUUGCAAAGAUAUCCCGACGAACACAUGCAGGAUGCGAAUGCUCAUUUUCAUCCUGCACGUAUCAUUUCCUGCCUCAUCACUUGGAGUUCUGCCCCCUUUCAGUUUUUAACGUUGUUUUAUUCAGAAAUAUUUGUCCUUUUUAUUAUUAUUAUUAUUAUUAUUUCCUUUUAUUUUAUUGAACCACUGGUAUUUGAAAUUUGCACAAGACGAAAUGUGUUUCAUAAGCAAAUGCGACGUCAUGAUAGUGUGUGACCGUGUGUGUAUGCACAGUGUGUGCCUGUAGAUGCAGAGUGUGAACAUGGAAGUGUGUGGUGUGCCGGUCUGGUUAUCAGGCUGAGGUCACUUUGAAGGAGCAGCAACAAAUAAAUACAACCCAAUAAAUUAAUAAUUUACACAGAAAUUACUUUGUUAGUUGGUGUAAGGCAACUCGCAUAACCGACAAAGAAAUACGCCCCUCCAUUUUGAUAUUGACCAACCCACACCGUCAACACUCCAACGUGCCACGCCCAAGCACUCUUUUCCGAUUUGUGCUCUUCAGUAGCGUCGAGGUUUCUGAUUAAAAACUACCCACAGCUGAAGUCCGCUCUACUAUUUUUUCCCAGCGUACCUCAUGACUUCCGAUAAACACACGUAAAUUGACGUAAGCGUCGCUUCAGAUGUGUAUUCACUCACAGGCAUGAGCUGGUCACAAGUAUGAUUGCUAUGGUACUUGUGACCAUAUGCAUGUUAUUUUUUUCACGCUGACUGUCAGCUGGCUGAAGAAAGACGUUUUUAAGCCUUUUCUUUGCUUAAAAAAAAUACUAGUCUGUUAAAGAUAUUUCUGGUUUCGAGAAACUGUUAUCGACGUUGGAAGCUAAAGGAGCGCCAUGUUUUCAACUCCAUCCCAAGACAUUUCAAAAUGUUGCAAAAUGUUUAGCUUUGUGAAAUUCUAAUCCUCAUCUAUAUGUCCUAAGAGAGGCACGCAUGAGAUGUAAAAACCUCUUCGUUUAGCUAAUAAACCACUUCCUGCCUCGACAAAGCAGCUGGAAGAGCUCUGCUGCCCCCUGCUGGUGUGUUUCUGAGGCUUACUGUUCCUCAUAGCCGAUGAAACUUGCUGUUUCAACCUUUGGGAGGAGAAAUUCUGGGCAGACGUCAUCUGUGCUGGCAACUAAAUAUGGAUAUGGAUAGAAAUAACAACUACAGAGUGAAGAUUGUCUUUUUUUUACUAGCAGACAAAAUAUAUUUGAAAAAGCUUGAAGUUAAGCAAGUAAAUGAUUUUUGAAAUCCUAUAAAAAGUAAAAGCCCCCAAAAUGAGAGAAAAUAAUCUGUAAUUGCCUUGACAUAUGGGGUUCGUUUAUUAAAGGAAACUUUCCCCAAGUUCCAUUUAAUCACAAUAUUUAGAGAGCUUCUUAUUUUCAGUUAUCUUUUAUUCUGAAAGCAUAAACUCAAGACACUCAUUGAAGAGAUGGAUGCCAAACUUAUUUUAAAUCUAAGUUUAAGCCUCAGUUUAAUUUGCAAAGUUCCUUUUAUAUUAAAACCAUACAUAAACAAACAAUAAAAAAAAAAUGAUUCAAUAACAGUCGCAUUUCUUUUACGUCAGACGAGAUAUGUAUAUAUAUAUUUUUUAAAAUAUCACUUAAACAUGUUCUUAAACCUUGUGGCCAUAUAUAGAUAGUCUACCUCCUGAUUUAUCUUAGAUUUCAGAAGAAAUACAAAGUCCAAUCUCAGCUGGUUUGUGUUGAACAAAUCAUGUCUAAAUCUCUUUAAAUUCUCAAAUAGCUCACAGCACCUACAUAUUGUCUCAUAAUUUAAUUUUUUUUGCCUGAAUUUAUUCUGGUGCACCUGAUUUUUUUAGAAUCGCUCGUGGAUUUUUCUUGACUAAACUGUUUCGGUUGCUUCAUGUUGUUUCUUUUUCCUUUUCAUGACUUUUUACCGUAUGGGGAAAAUGUCCAUCAAGAGUUCAUGUUCGAUGACAUUAUGCUGUUUCCCAACUUCCUCCCUCUCAUAUGCGACCCUUUAAAACCAGGUGAAGUCUUCAAACAGCAUCUGCUCAACCCGAGUCAAGUAUCCUGUAGAAUUAAUCUGUUUUAAGAUGUUUUGGGUACCAGAUGUGUGAAUUUUCUGGAUGAAAGAAGAUCUAAGUGGCAUAAAUAUCAUCGCGAUGGGAUUUUGUUUAGUUGGGAGCGUCACCUGUCUGCUGCUCAUUAGCUGAUCAGUGUUAAGUAUUUCAAGUUUUUCCCCAAACUCCGUUUGAUCCUCGUCUCCUUCCCGAUGUUGAAGGAAAAAAAAAAAAAAAACACAGCAGGUGACGUCUCCUCUGUCGCCGUCGCAUCACUUUUGUCUUUGUUUUCAUAAUGCAAUGCAAACGUUAUAAAGUGUAAAUAGUGUAAAAUAAAAAUGGGUUUGUUUUACAUACUGUAUAAUUGCCUAUAUUUUGUUUCAGAAGUGUAACAGAUUUAUGAGAUGACAGGUUAACACAUUAAAAGGAAGGAGCUGAAGCUU